AUGGCAAGCUCGCACGAUGAUGAUGAUGAGUGGGACAAGAGCACAUCCGAUAUCCAGUCUGAAGACUCGGACGAUCUGCACAAGAACCGCCCCAACCGCUGGAAAGGCCCCCCGCAGAGCUGGCGCACCAUCACAGAGGACGAGAGCCUUACUUACAAUGCCCUCGUAAGACUGAGAAACCAGGACCUGUCGCUGCACUUGUACAAUGCCUGGGCCCUCAAGCAGGCGCCACCUCCGGCAGCUGCAGGUGAGGGCCCUAGCCACGAAGAGGAUGUUGACGCAGAGACAGGCCGACCUGUCCAUAACCAACCAUGGGCUCCACCUAGGAACUGGACCGCCUGGCCUGUCAGCACGCAGCUUCUACCGCCUGAUGAUUUCAUGAAGAUGGCGGAUGACGAGGACGAGGUCUUCACUUUCCGGCGUCCUGACGAUCAAACGCCCAGGUCCAGACUCGAGGAGGUCGUGUCGGCGACCACGCUGAGAUUUGCCAAAGAACGCUUGCGGCGACGGGGUAUUUCCGAAUCAGCUGAUCAAGGCGACCACAGAAUUGUCAAGACGGAGUCCCUCGCAUCUGAGAAUGAGUCCCAGCCGAGCGAAUCAGGGGACCACGGCGACGAGGAUGAUGAUGAGAGGAUGGGCAUUGACCAGGAAUCAGAAGGUCGACAAGAACGAAAGCAGAAGACUCCCGUGAGAACUUUCAAGCCCGUGGUUGCUACGGAUGAUGACCUUUCGUAUGACCUCAUACGGCCCUCCACGCAAAGAAUUCUCGAGAAAUUUGAUCGUACUUUGACUAUUCUGCACAACGCUCAAAUGACGAGUGCCCAACAUCUUGACGACUCUGAAGAGUCAUUCUCUGAAAGCGAGGAUGGACAAGACGACCGCGAAAGAUCACAGAAAACGGCACAAUCACGGCGGUCCUCCCGACCUGGCAGCUCCGCAGAGCGCUCUCCCAGCAGGUCUGAAAUACCAACAGGAGACGAAGAAGAUGGGGCCGUGAAAAAGAAGUCCAACCGCGGCCGACCACGCAAAUACGUGCAGAGGGAAGGCGAAAGCGAGAGGGACUUCCUGAUCAGACGAGCAAAAGCCCUCAAAGGGAAAGUGAGACUACCACCGACCGACGAAGAGAACGGCGACGAACUCACGACGGCCGCGGGCGAGAGCCAGGAUUCGCCACGCAAGCGCAAAGGACGUCGCGAAACCAUGAGAGAGGACAUGGAGCACGGAGUGCAUAAGAAGCUCAAGCGUUCCAACCCGCGGGACUGGAAGGACGUUAUGGGCGCGGCGGCGUUUGCGGGGUUUCCGCCCGAUGUCAUCGCCCGGGCGACACAGAGGUGCGCCAAUGUGUUUGGCCAGGCAAUGGAGAUGCAUAGGAUCGAUGAGACGGCAAUCUCGUCAGGAGUCAAUGGCGUGGUGACAACGCUGUAUCAGCCCGGAGGAGAAAUGCCCUCGAGCAGCUCCACGGACCAGGAGGACGUUGGCGAUCUCGACCUCCGCCAGACACGUUCUAUGAGCCGGCAUACCAGCACGGCCUUGAGCAAGAUGAAUUCCCCGACAUCAGACGAGGAGAGCGAUGGAGAGGGGCCUUCGCCCAAGAAGUCUCAGAAACGAGCCACGUCUCGAGGCAAAGGGCAACAUUACUGCCCGUACGCAGACUGCGACAGAGCCUCAGCCGGCUUCGACAGGCCCUUCAAUCUCAAGAGGCAUAUGAAACUUGUCCACGGCCAAGACGGCCUGGAGGUUGCCGAGAAGGAGGAAGCUACCAGGGAUGAAAUGCUUGAUGGUAUACAUCGUGACGGAUUUCUUCAGCCCAUACGAGUUCAGAAAGGCUGGAGGGCUGAGGAUACUAAGAAGAGGGCUACAAAGACGUCCUAG